UGUGGUCUCAACAGCGCCGCUUCCGCCCAUUAGACGGAAGUGCAUCACUUUUCAAGAUGGCGACCCCCUAUGUAACGGAUGAAUCUGGAAAGUACAUCGCUGCUACACAGCGUCCAGAUGGAACCUGGCGGAAGCCACGGCGAGUCAAGGAUGGCUACGUGCCCCAGGAGGAGGUGCCAGUCUACGAGAACAAGUAUGUCAAAUUCUUCAAGAGCAAGCCAGACCUGCCACCAGGCAUGAAUCCUGAAGAGGCCGCACAGGCUCGCCAGCAGCAGGGGGCGUUGGUGGUGGCGGGCGGUGGCGGGGAGAGGGAGAGCGAAACGGCGGGGCUCUCCAAGACGGCAAAGCGCAACAUGAAACGCAAGGAGAAGCGCCGGCAGCAGCAGGGGCAGGGGCAGGACAGGGGCGGAGCCGCUGAAGACGGGGGCGUGGAGGCGCUGGCCGCCGCCGUGGAGAAGGCGGAGCUUGGAGGAGAGGAGGAGGAGCGGCGGGAAGGGGCUCCGCCCCAGGCCGACACCCCCGCCGACACCCCCGCCGACACAACGGCCGACCGGUCCAAGAAGAUCAAAAACCUCAGGAAGAAGCUGCGGCAGGUGGAGGAGCUGCAGCAGAAACUGGACUCGGGGGAGAUCAAGCAGCCCACCAAGGAGCAGCUGGAGAAACUUGGGCGGGGCAAGGCCCUGCAGGAAGAGCUGCAGGAACUGGAGCAGGGUUCCUAAAAUGCCAGCCGGCCCACGAAAGGGAAGGCGAUCGGCUGGCAGCCCUGGGGUGGG